CAAUUUUUUUCAAUCUCUAUUCCCUCACUUCUCUAUCCUCAACAAUGCCGGCAAUAGCUGAUCGUGCCACUCCCCAGAAGAGGAGGCUACGAUCAAAUUCUUCACCGGAUGACGAUGUUCCGGCGACAACCAAAACCCCAUCGAAGUCGAAAUCUCCGCGUCGAAGCAUUGAUAGUAGUCCAAAAUCUCCGUCAACUGAAAUCGCGGAGGAGUUUCGCGUUAAGUUCGCGACUUCAAGUAGAUCUCCGUUGAAGAAAACUUCUGAUAAUUUAUUCGCGAAACCGAAAUGGAAUCCACGAGAUGUUGAUCAAAUGAGAGCUGUGAAAGAGGCAUUGCAUGUUUCCACAACGCCGUCUGGUGUGAUUUGUAGAGAAAAUGAAUCCAAAAGGGUUCUAGAGUUUUGCAAGUCGAGUAUGCAAGGAAGGAAACCUGGGAGUUUAUAUGUGUGUGGAUGCCCUGGUACAGGAAAGACUAUGGUUAUGGAAAAAGUUAAGCAAUCUUUGCUUAGCUGGUCUAAUGAGGCAGAGCUUGAGCAACCAGAUGUGUUAUUCAUGAAUUGUACAUCUCUAACAAAGUCAUUUGAUAUCUUCACCAAGAUACAUCAAAAAAUACAACCUGAAAAGAAGAUUAGUGGUUCAACUACUGCUCUAAAGCACAUACAAAACCUCUACGCCCAAGAAAGAGGAUCGGAGAAAAUGAUGUUGUUAGUUAUUGAUGAAUUGGAUUAUCUAAUUACUAGAGACCGUGAAGUGCUUCAUGAGCUAUUCAUGCUUACGACACUGCCAUUUUCUAGAUGUAUAUUAAUAGGCAUUGCUAACGCAAUAGAUCUAGCAGAUCGUUUUCUACCCCGGCUGCAGUCACUGAAUUGCAAACCAUCAAUUUUGACAUUCCGUGCAUACUCAAAAGACCAAAUACAAAAGAUUCUUCAGGACAGGCUUGAGGAUCUUCCAUAUUUGGUCUUUCACCCACAAGCCUUGGAACUUUGCUCAAGAAAAGUUGCAGCUGCAACUGGAGAUAUGAGGAAAGCUCUAAGUGUCUGCAGGAGUGCGAUUGAGAUUCUUGAAUCAGAGAUCAAAGAAAACGCAAGCGAUCUUGACAAGAUGUCUACUGAAAAAGAAUUCUCUCAAGAAAAUGUUCCUGCUGCUCCUGUCUCCAGAGACAUUGAUAUAGUACAAAUCCAUCAUAUGGCAGUUGCUUUGUCAAAGACAUAUAGAUCUCCUGUAGUGGAGACCAUACAAUCUCUUCCUCAACAUCAGCAGAUCAUCCUUUGCUCUGCAGUCAAGCUUUUUCGAGACGGAAAAAAAGAGUCUUUAGUUGGAGAGUUGAAUAAAUCUUAUGAAGCCAUUUGCAAAUCUUCUAAAUUACCUUCAGUUGGGAUUCUAGAACUAUCAAGUAUGUGCAAAGCAUUGAAUGACCAGGGACUACUCAAGCUUGUUCGGUUUCAGAAAGGGGAGAAAGUAACAUUGAAAGUUGAUGCAACAGAUGUUACAUUCGCACUACAGGGAGUUCGUUUUUUCCGUAACUGCCUUCAGUAAUUUGCUGUAGUUCUAUAAAAUGUGCCAAAAUAACUGGAGGAUCCUAGCAUUGUCCAAGGUUCUUAAACAUUAAGAUUUUAGAUUUAUGGAAAAAUCAUGGACCAUCUUUCUAAGGAUGUCGAUUCUAGCAUCAUUAUUCAUUCAGGGCUCAAUGGGCAAAUAUAGGAUGUUCAAAGUUUAGUUUGCAGAAUAGAAUCAUUUAAGCUGCGAAAAUUCUAUCACAGGAAUUCAAUUUAUACAACGGCCAAAAACACUCUAAAAUUAUUUUGGAUUACUUUCCAUAUUGAAUGUUAGCAGAUUUGAUGAUAUAAAAUUUGAUAGUAUGUACCCCUAAUGAUUCAUUGUAUACGAAUUUUGUAUUACCUGCCUAUGAUUAGUAUAUACUAAUAAAAAACGUCAACAUUAACAA